CACAACACACCCGACCAUAAGCAAUCGAUUCACUUCGCAUAGCCCCCAAUAUGCAAGUGGAAGGUGUCGCGCUGGUCUUUGGUGGUGGAAGUGGCAUCGGGCGCGCAGUCGCCCAUACCCUGGUCGCGCAAGGCCUCACCACUCUCGUCUGCGCGGACAUCAAUCUCUCCCACGCCCAAGAAACCGCCCAGUCCAGCUACGACGUCUGCGCGGAGCGACGACCAGCCUACAAGGCGACCGCCUACCAGGUGGACGUCCGCGACGAGGCGCAAGUGCACGAGUUGGUCGCCAAGAUCAAGGGUCUGUAUGGCCGCAUCGAUAUCUGCGUCACUACCGCCGGGACCCCCGCUGCCAACCAAACCACGAUUAGCGAUAUGAGCCUCGAAGCUUAUCGGAGCAUGGACGAGGUGCACAAUAUCGGGUGCUUUUUGGUUGUCCGCGAGGUGCUCCGCGCCAUGAUCAGCCAGGAACCGAUCAAGUUGAUAACCCCGAGAAGUCGGAGAAAGCCAACUCGCGGCUCUAUCGUAGUGCUAACCUCGCUGGCGUCCGAGGGGGCGUUUUUAGGCGUGGGCAAUUACAUUGCUGCCAAGCAUGCGGUGAAAGGGUUGGUUCAGACGGCCGCUCUUGAAAACGCAGGCAACGGGAUCCGAAUCAACGCCGUGGCACCCUCGUACGUGACCGGACCGAUGAUGGAGCAGUUUCUGGACCAGGCGCCCGCCGUCAAGGCGGCGAUGCUGGGGGAUCUGCCCAUGCGGCGGCUGGCGGACCCGGAGGAGGUGGCGGACGCGGUGGUGUUUCUGGCGUCGCCGGCGGCGAGCUAUGUCAAUGGCCAUACGUUGGUGGUGGAUGGCGGGUCGUCGUUGCAGUUGUCGAAUCAGCCGUUUACAUGA